AUGGCUAAUGCGACAGGUUUGUUGUUUCAAUGUCUCUUUGGGUUUAAAUGCAAGGAUUUUACAAUGAUCGCAGCUGAUCAAAUGAACACCCAAAGCGUCCUGGUCAUGAACGAUGACGUGGACAAACUGUACGAGGUGUCCGACAGGCUGGUACUGGGAGUGAACGGCGACGCGGGAGACAUGUCGCAGUUCACCCAGUUCAUCGCCAAGAACCUGCAGCUGUACAAGAUGAAGAACCAGUACCAACUGGACACGCCCGCGGUCGUUCACUUCAUCAGGAAGAACUUGUCAGAUGGAUUGCGAAGUGGGAACCCAAACAUCCUGAAUCUGAUGAUAGGCGGCUAUGACGAACAGACGGGCGGACAGUUGUAUAUGAUGGACUUCCUCGGCAGUUGUGUCAGUGUACCCUAUGCAGCGCACGGGCUGGGUGGACUCCUAACCUUCGGCAUUAUGGACUACUAUUAUAAACCAGAUCUAACGGAGGUGCAAGCCUACGAAGUGCUGAAGAUGUGCAUCCGCGAGAUCCAGCUGAGGCUAUUCAUGAACCUGCCCAACUUCCGAGUGAAGUCCGUCUCAAAAAUAGGAGUUAAAAUACUUCCUAACAUCAACUCUACAAUGUUGACACAAAAAUAA